AAGGGGCUUGUAUCUACUGACCCGGGCCUGUCUUGCGAGGACAUCAAGUACAGCGGAAUUUACUCGAAUGGCUAUUACUGGAUUAAACCUGCAGGUUCUAAAGAGACUUUCCAAGCAUAUUGCGACAUGUCAGCGGUUGGCGGUACGUAAAUACUGAGAUAUAUUAAAACACUAAUUCCAAUAUAAAAAUUUCAUUCAAAGCCUAUUUCAGUUUCAGAAGUGUGAUUUUUCGUGAUUCACCCUUUUUGUUCUUCCUUAUCGAUGUAACUGUUUCUAUCCGCCGGAUGGAAGUGAUUUGACAAUUCACUUCGGUGACGUAUCCGAGGCGAACGGGCGGGACCACGUGACCCGAAAAGCUUUGGCCGCACGGAAUAAUGAGGCUUAGGGAUUGGGCAAGGUAUAGUUAACUUUACCUGCACAUCGGAGGUGAUCCGUGGGGACCAUAGUCUUGGUACCGCUUCUGACGCCCGAAAGAUAAGCAAAUUUUCCUGAGAAUGUCCAAAGAAGAGUAACUGAAGAGUAAUUAUACAAAACAGGCCCGCCAUACUAAAGUGCAAGAAUAAUUUUUUACUGGCAUCUGAAAAAAAAAAGCCGGGACUCUCAUUGCGUUACCGCCUCUUUGGUUUUCCUUGUUAAAAUUUUAACAAAGCGUACAUUCCCAGUAAACAAAGAGUAAAUUUCUGAGUGCUUACUUUCACCACUUUUCAGCAUCUUCCCGUCAUAUUCUCGAAAAAGAAGGCUUAUAAGUUCUUCAGGAAAAGUUAAUGUAUCUUCUACACCAAGCACCUGGUCUUGGAGGAGCCAUUUGUGUGUGAAAGAAAACCUGUAGAUAGUCCUUUCCUUUUGUUUAUUAAUUUAUUACUUUUAUAAUUUACUAGAAAAAAGUCUUUUCCGCUAUUCAUUAAGCUGGUGUUCUGGUGUUGUAUUACUCCAAAUCAGUCAUCUGUACGGACUGUUGCUAACUUUCGUUGCUAUCCAGUUUCCGUGGCGAUUCAACGCCGCCCUCGAUUAAAUGCUGCAGAUGGCAGCAAAAUUUCCAAUAAACGAAACACCCAAUCAAAAGAAUGCAUCGUUUAGUAUUUAGAUAACAGAGAUAAGCUUCAAGUAAAAAAGACUUUCGUUUCACCUGUUAUCAAACGCUAGUCUGAUUUUUGGAUCUGUUAAUGUAACCGACAUCAUCUUUUUGUGCAGCACCAAUUUCUCUCUUAAAAAACGAAUGAUUUUGGGUUUUCCCUUUUUUUGUAGAUUGGAAGAAAGUCACUCAUGCGUGGAUUGAAAAAACUUUUAAACGAGGCGUUAAGCUGAGCUACAGUGAGGAAAAUUAUGGGCUCGUCAUCUCUGGUGACACAACCUCGCGUGGCUGUGGUAGUGGAAUAGAACCAGGUGCAUUGACGUUAAUCAAAGGGUACUGGACCAAAAUAAAGUACACGCAAGAAUUUCGAGGGUCAGCGUCAUGUUGGAGUAUAUUUGGGGCAAAGUGGUGAGGUUUUAAUAACGUUUAUAGUGUCAGUGAUAGACUUACACCUUCAUAAAUAAAAGAUAAGACUACAGCGUAAACAAGCAGACAAAAGUGCCCUAUAUUCAGAAGGAAUGACGUCGCACCAGAAGGCCAACUGCUAAGGGCGUGUCUGAUUGACCGUAUCCCGGAAUAACUGAUACAUGGAAUAAAAUCUAAAAAUCACUUGUUUUUCAAACGUUCAUUGCAUCAGUGAAAUCCACUGGCAGAAAUCUGCAGGAUAAUAAUUAACUGAAGCCCGAUGAAUGAAGCCGCCAUAUGGUCAAGUAAUUUUCGACAUCUCUCUGUUUUCGGUUGAAGAAAUUUCUGUAUUUUUACAAACUUUGGAGAAGGUUUUCUUUUGGAUCUGGUAAACUUUGCACUGAAGGCUCGCAGAAAGGCCAGUUACUAACAUAUCGUCGUCUAAAAAAAGUCAUAUCCUUUCCGGAGUGGCCUUUUCCUCAAACAAACAAAAUUUCAUUAACCUGAUAUUUGUUUCAAUGAGUUUAGGUAUGGCCGUUCGUCUGUCCAUCACCCAACAGGUCUGUACGCCUUUAGAGGUUCUCAAGGAGACUCGAUAACCAAUCAGCACCUCAUGGGAGGAAAUUGUGAGUAAAUUUAUACACUUUUUCGUAUUGUGUAAAUAUAGUAAAUUUUUCGCUAUAUAGGAGAGGGUAACGAGGAAUUAAGCAUAGCAUAAUUUUUGCCUCUAUCAGAUUCGAGAUGCAUUUUGGAAAGUUUGUAAAUAGCUGAUGUAUUUAGGGUACAUCUGCCCCGGAUAACUGACUGAUUCACCCUUACAAAAGAAACAAAUAAUUCUCAUUAAAUGUUUUGAUUUAGUGAAAUCAGAAUUGAAUUGGGGUCAGACUGCGAUAUUUGCUUCUUUCAGUGAGUUGAAAUCUCUGCCUUUUCCUGCCGGACAAGUAAAUAGACCUGACUGUACUGCAAGUGUAUUCUUACAAAACACUGUUGUAGAUUCUAGUCCAAAACGUCUGUGCACCCCACCCCCCCCCCCCUCCCCCACUUCCCUCGGAUGUGGGCAAGAAAGUAGAAACGUCUUUCUCUUCUUAUAUAGUAGAAAUUUACCUAAGGUUGCAAGAAAGUACAUAUCGUACCAAAACUGCGAAAACAUAGCAGAGAGGAAGAAGACUAAAUGCAAAGAAUGGCACAAAACAAAAUGUCCCUUUUCAUUUUAUUUUUCAGCUCACGUUUUCUAUGGCGAGACAACACAAUGUAAUCACGGAGCGACCAACUUUUGGUAUCAAAACAAAGGAAGAGUUCGUUACGCUACCGUUAUCCUCAGAAGGAUUUUGACGGCAAAAAAGGCGGGAAUUUAUACUGGUACCUCAUGUGGCUAUCCAACCUACAAUGUCAAGGACAUUUUCAUACGUUUUUAG